UUCAACGUUGGCGUCGAUGGAUCAGAGAGGGAAACUUCCAUUUCUUUUCCUUCAUCAUCUCCUAUAAAACGAGGCCUAAUCUUCGACUCAUUUAUACUUAAAUCAGUGUCUGCAAUACAGCAAAACAACGUAAAAUAUUUCUUUCCGACACCAUAAUGGUUCCCAAGAAGGCAAUUCUCGACCUACUCCCAUCUUUGUUCAUAAUAUACGAUGUUGCCUCCAUGGUGACUGCUACCGUCUCCAACGACACGACUCAAGCAACAGCAGAGACAAAUAAAGUGAAUACAAAUACAAGCAAGAUUCCCAAUUUUGUGCGGCCUUUUCCCCGAACUCCAAUUCCGAAUCCCGCUACAAAACCACCUAUAAAAGUUAUUGGACGUUGCCGUCCUUGCUGCAGGAAGUUUUUGAAAGCAUGCCUACCUAUUUGCUGUCAUGCUGCAGAAGAUGCUAAGAAAAUCGGAUCUCAUGAUUGACCCUAUAAUUAGCGAGUUCCAUUCGCUUUAUUAUCAUUUUGCUAUGCUAGAUUUGAUAGAAUUGAGAAAAAAAAAGUACAAAUAUUAUGUGUUGGGUGUAAACUUUUAAAACUAAGUGACUCCGUUUUAAAUAAACAACUUUUCCUUGGUCAAA